AUGGAUUCUUCAUACCGACGAAUGAAAGAUAAAUUAUUAUCAGACACGAUACCAGUGAGCGAUCAAGAUUCACAUGAACCAACGAUUCGCAAAAGAACAUUGACUCGUCCACGAAGUGAACCAUCACUUUGCAUUGAUUCACAAUCAAAUACAUACAGUCGAAGUCUAUAUCGUCUAUCUUACAACGAUCUUCGUGAUCAAACCGAUGAUCUAAUCGAUACAGUUUUCGAAGUUCCAACCAAAUGUGUUGAACAAGCGAAAGAAGUGGGUAAACUUGUUGUUCAAUACGUCGUCGAUCAUAGUCAUCUUCCACAUUGGUUGCUCGACAAUGAAUUUCUCAUCUCCGGACAUCGUCCACCAAUGCCAAGUUUCAAACAAUGUUUUGCAUCGAUCUUUCGUCUUCAUACGGAAACAGUGAACAUCUGGACACAUUUACUCGGAACUCUAUUUUUCAUCGUCAUUGCUAUAUACUUCACCACUCGCCCAUCGACCGAAGUUCAUAUGGAAAAGAAAUUAAUUUUUGGUGCAUUCUUCCUGGGUGCUAUUAUUUGUUUACUAUGUUCGACAUUAUAUCAUACACUUUACUGCCAUUCACCGAAGAUUUCCAAGUUUUUCAGCAAGCUGGAUUAUUGUGGAAUCGCGAUCUUGAUCAUAGGAUCAAUUGUUCCACUACUUUACUAUCAGUUCUAUUGUGAAUUCGGUACAAAAGUGGCGUAUCUAACACUGAUUGGAAUAUUGGGAGCCGGAUGUAUAGUUAUAUCAAUGUGGGACAGAUUCUCUUCGUCGGAAUAUCGAGUCUAUAGAGCUUUGCUAUUUAUUACAUUCGGUGUGUUCGGUUUUAUACCUACAUGCCACUACAUUAUACGUUUUGGCAUUAAACAUGCUUUUACAACCGGCGCUACUCAAUAUUUAUUAUUAGUAGCUGCACUUUACGUGACUGGUGCUUGCAUUUAUGCUGCACGAAUUCCCGAACGAUUAGCACCCGGUGCUUUCGAUAUCUGGUUUCAAAGUCAUCAAUUAUUCCACAUUUUCGUUGUCGCUGCAGCCUGUGUUCACUAUUAUGGUAUUUGCGUGCUAUCGUAUAACCAAACGAAUUAUUUUGGUGAUUGUCGAAAUAUCCUUAGCCCAAAUACAGCACCUAUGGCUGCAAUGAUGGCACUUAUCAAUUUGUGUUUCACUGUUCUAUAUCAAAGAAAUAUUCUAAUUUCUUUGUUGAAAAUACAUUCCAUAUAG